AUGGAUAGGAUCAGUAAUCUGUCGGAUGAUUUGCUCCUGAAGAUUGUUUCAUCACUUCCUACAAAAGAUGUAGUCGCCACAAUGAUCUUGUCGAAAAGAUGGAGGUUUCUUUGGACGAUGCUUCCAAAGCUUGAUUUUGAUUAUGGUUCGGAACGGGACCCUUCCCAGUAUAGAAAAUACAUCAAGUAUGUGGACAGAUCAUUGGUAUUGAACAGAGCUCCGGUUCUAGAAACUUUGAAGUUCAAAGUUGGUCCUUGUUGCAGCUCUGAAGAUUUGGCGACAUGGAUCAGAAUGGGAAUGGUUCGCGAAGUGCGUGAAAUUGAAACUUUUGAUACAAACUGUUAUCAUAGAUCAAUCGAGUUACCAAAGACUCUCUAUACUUAUGAGAAGCUCGAGGUCUUGAAACUAGCCGCGUCGAUGACUCUUGAUGUUCCUAGCGACGUUUGUUUUCCGUCCUUGAAAACAUUGCACCUUAUAUGUGUAGAGCACAAAACCGAAGAAUCUCACCGUAUGCUUUUAUCAGGCUGCCCUGUUCUUGAGGAGUUGGUGUUGGACAAAACGUAUAACUGUGACAAUUCGCAAUCUCUCUACGUUGAAGUUCCUAGCUUACAAAGAUUAUCUAUACUUGAUACAUAUACCGAAGGCGAUGAUCCCCUUUAUGAGAUUGUGAUCAGUGCCCCGUCUUUGAAGUAUUUGAACUUUGUGGAUCUCUGCGGUGAUUUGUGUUUGUGUGAGAAUAUGCCUGAGGUGGUUGAGGCAAUUGUUAACGUUGAUUACCAAAGUCCCGAGAAGCUGCUGGAAUCUCUUCCAUCAGUCAAGCGCCUCAGCUUAUGUUUCUCCGCUUUAAUGCUUCAUCACCGCAUUGGAUUUGAUCAUCUUCUUCAUUUGGAGCUAUGCGCAAGUGCCUCAGGGUGGUGGGAUCUGCUUACUUGGAUGCUUGAAACUUCUCCUAAACUACAACUUCUCAAGCUCUGCUCGUGCAAGGAACACCCUUGGUCCACGGAAGGUUUUACUACUGACGUAAAGCCCAUUAAAGGUCAUUGGAGAAGACCAAGUUCAGUUCCUGAAUGUUUGAUGUUUCAUUUACACACUUUCAAGUGGAAACAUUACAAUCUGAGAGACAAAGAGAAGGAAAUUGUGGCGUACAUCUUGAAGAACGCAAGACAGUUAAAGACUGUAUAUAUCUCCGAGGAGCGAUCCAAGAAACUCAAAGAGUUGGUUUCUCUGCCUAGAGCUUCAAGCUCAUUGACGGGAUCGAUCGAGCUGGUGCAGUGUAACGGGAUCGAUCGAGCUACUGUUGCAGUGACGGGAUCGAUCGAGCUACUGUGCAGUGACGGGAUCGAUCGAGCUGGUGCUGCAGUAACGGGAUCGAUCGAGCUACUGUGCAGUGACGGGAUCGAUCGAGCUACUGUUGCAGUGACGGGAUCGAUCGUACUGCAACAGCUACUGCAGUGGCAGAGCUCGUACCGGUACAGGUCGCCUUACUUUAGCUCUCCCUUCCUUGCCAUGCGUCAUGCUUUAUCGUUGAACUCGACGGGAAGUAUUCCGACCCCAACAAUGAUGUCCUUGAGAGUUUGA